AUGUGGUCAGCAGAUCAGAAGACAGUUGCCAUAGUGGAACUGACCAUACCGUGGGAAGAAAACAUCCAAAGUGCACAUGAGAGGAAGAAGUUGAAGUACGAGGAGUUAGCUCAGCAGUGCAGACAGAACGGUUGGAGGACCCACCUCUACCCAGUGGAGGUGGGAGUUCGUGGCUUUGUAGGGACCUCCCUGAUGCGCCUAUGCAGAGACUUUCAGAUUAGGGGGAAAGCCCAGACCCAGUUUGUACGAUCAGUGGCAGAAGAAGCGGAGAAGAGCAGUUUCUCCCUAUGGAUUAAAAGGAAGACUAGAAGUUGGAAGAGCAGAGACGACUGUGUUGGAGGCAGGGCGGAGACGUCCAUCCUGUCGUCCCGCCGGCCUGAGGCGUAUCAGAAACAAGGGACGAAACGCCCGUGA